AUGUCGGACCAACACCGCGAUGUCUCUCAAUACAAGUACUCGGCCAUGUCCAACCUGGUUCUCCAGGCGGACCGUCGUUUUGUGUCGCGACGAAACGAUGAAGCAACUGGUGAUCCGGAGUCUCUUGCUGGCAAGCUGAGCAUCCGUGACAUGGGAGCACGCGUCGCACGCGACACCGCACCGAAACAGAAGAAGCCGAAUGGCCUGCCCGAAAUCGAACGCGGAAGGUUACAAGAGGGUGAAGACGUGCUCUUGCGUGAGCAGCGAAAGAGGAAGAGCGAAGCAGCGCAAGCGAGGGGCACAGGUGUUUUGGGAACCGGAGAUCUGCUCAUUGAGGGCAUCACCUAUCGCCCACGGACGCCAGCGACCCGAGCGACUUUCGAGUUGAUUCUUAAAAUCGUGUCCGACAACCUCGGUGACGUACCUCAGUCUACCGUCUUGAGUGCAGCCGACGUAAUCUUGGAAUUUCUCAAGGAUGAUGACCUAAAGGACACGGAGAAAAAGAAGGAAAUUGACGAUAUUCUUGGUGUUUCAAUGAGCGCAAAGGAAUUUAAUGAGCUUGUGAACCUCGGAAAAAAGAUUACCGAUUACGAUGCACAGGAUGAAGACGAAGACAUGGACGCCAAUGCUGCUGACGCUGACGGCGCAGAAUUGGACGAACGUCAGGGUGUCGCUGUUGUCUUCGAGGAUUCUGAGGAUGAAGAGGGUGGCAUUGUUAAUGAGGUUCGGGAAGAGUCUUCUGAAGACGAGGAUGCGGACGAGGAAGACGAAGACCAGCCUGCCCACGACGGUGCUGAAACAGAGAACGUGGACGACGACGCAAUGAUAAUCGACUCUGCACCGAAAAAACAGGCACAAGAAGGGAAACAGACAAAGGCAGUCCCCGCAAGAGACAUCGAUGCAUUCUGGUUGCAGCGACAAAUCGGCAGGCUCUAUGCGGAUUCUCAUGAGCAGCACGACAAGGCCACUGAUGCUCUUCGUAUCCUUUCCGGCGAGCCUGAUGAGCAGGGUGGCGAUGAUAAGUCCCUCCGAGAAAUUGAGAACGACCUUAUGGAGCUGUUUGACUACGAGCAUCACGAGCUGGUUCAACUAUUUAUCGAGAACCGAGAAAAGGUUGUAUGGCUUACUCGUCACUCAAGAGCUGAGACAGACGAGGAAAGGGCUAUCAUUGAACGAGAAAUGGCCUCAGAGGGCCUUCAAUGGAUUCUCAACGAGAAGUUUGGCAAGAAGACAGAUGACCAUAAGCGGAAGAUGGAGAUAAAGAUGGACAUCGACAAAGCUUCUUCACUCACAGAUGCGCCCGUCCCUGAGCCAGAGCGUCCUCAGGGAUUGGUGGGAGGACUGCAGCCGCGGAAGCUUAUAAACUUGGAGAACUUGGUAUUUGACCAGGGCAACCAUUUGAUGAGCAACCCCAAAGUCAGACUCCCUGAGGGCUCGACAAAACGUACCUUCAAAGGCUACGAGGAAAUUCACGUUCCUGCUCCCAAGAAGCGCAACGAGCCAGGUGACACACUUAUUCCAAUUACCGACAUGCCCGAAUGGUCUCGCCUACCCUUCAGCACUGCCAAAUCUCUCAACAAGAUCCAAUCCAAGUGCUAUCCUACAGCAUUUGGAGAUGACGGCAAUAUGCUCAUCUGUGCCCCAACUGGCAGUGGAAAGACGAACGUGGCUAUGCUCACCAUUCUGCGAGAGAUUGGCAAGAACCGGAAUCCUGAGACUGGUGACAUUGAUUUGGAUGCUUUUAAGAUCGUGUACAUUGCACCGUUGAAGGCUCUGGUACAGGAACAAGUCGGCAAUUUCGGCAAACGACUUGAGCCAUACGGCAUCAAAGUUUCUGAGUUAACCGGUGACCGACAGCUUACCAAGCAACAAAUAGCAGAAACUCAGAUCAUUGUCACCACCCCUGAGAAGUGGGAUGUCAUCACGAGAAAGGCAACCGAUCUCACCUACACGAACCUGGUUCGCUUGGUUAUCAUCGACGAAAUUCAUCUUCUCCAUGAUGACCGUGGCCCAGUCAUUGAGAGUAUCGUAAGCAGAACAAUCCGGAAGACAGAGCAGACAGGCGAGCCGGUGCGUCUAAUUGGUCUCUCCGCAACACUGCCAAACUACAAGGAUGUCGCCAGCUUUUUACGUGUAGACAUCAACACUGGUCUCUUCCACUUUGACGGCAGUUUCCGCCCUUGCCCUCUCCGACAGGAGUUUAUUGGUGUUACGGAUCGCAAGGCUAUCAAACAACUAAAGACCAUGAACGAUGUUACAUAUAACAAGGUCAUUGAGCAUGUCGGUGCCAACAGAAAUCAGAUGCUCAUUUUCGUUCACUCACGAAAGGAGACUGCCAAGACUGCUCGGUACAUCAGGGACAAGGCUCUCGAGAUGGAUACGAUCAAUCAGAUCCUGCGUCAUGACGCUGGUAGUCGUGAAGUUCUCAACGAAGCCGCCAGCCAGGCUACUGAUAAGGAUCUGAAAGACAUUCUGCCCUACGGCUUUGGUAUUCACCAUGCUGGUAUGAACCGUAUCGACCGUACUGACGUUGAGGAUCUCUUUGCCAGAGGUGCCAUUCAAGUGUUGGUGUGCACUGCGACCCUAGCUUGGGGUGUUAAUCUGCCCGCCCACACUGUCAUCAUUAAGGGUACCUCGGUUUACUCCCCGGAGAAGGGUAGUUGGGUUGAGCUCAGCCCUCAAGAUGUCUUGCAGAUGCUUGGCCGUGCUGGUCGUCCCCAAUUCGAUACUUACGGAGAAGGUAUCAUCAUUACGACCCAAAACGAAAUUCAAUACUACCUGUCCCUUCUCAACCAGCAGCUGCCAAUCGAAAGUCAGUUUGUCAGCCGCCUGGUAGAUAACCUGAAUGCUGAAAUCGUUCUCGGAAAUGUCAGGAGCAGAGAUGAGGGUGUCGAGUGGCUUGGUUACACCUAUCUCUUUGUCCGUAUGCUGCGGUCUCCUGGUUUAUACCAAGUUGGCGCGGAAUAUGAGGAUGAUGAAGCUUUGGAACAAAAGCGAGUCGAUCUUAUUCAUUCUGCGUCAGUUGUACUGAGAAAGUCAAAUCUAGUCAAGUACGAUGAGAAGACCGGGAAGCUCCAGUCAACAGAGCUCGGCCGCAUCGCAUCGCACUACUACAUCACCCACGGCUCUAUGGAUACCUACAACAACCUUAUUCAACCGUCAAUCACGACCAUUGAACUUUUCCGAGUCUUCUCACUCAGCGCAGAGUUCAAGUACAUUCCAGUGCGUCAGGAUGAGAAGCUUGAACUUGCGAAGCUGCUGGGUAGAGUUCCCAUUCCAGUCAAGGAAAGUAUCGAGGAGCCUCACGCCAAGAUCAACGUUCUGUUGCAAGCUUAUAUCUCACGUCUCAAGCUUGAUGGUCUUGCUCUCAUGGCCGACAUGGUUUAUGUCACUCAAUCUGCUGGUCGUAUUCUUCGCGCUAUCUUCGAAAUCACCAUGAAGAAGGGAUGGGCCUCUGUGGCGAAGACCGCUUUGGACUUGUGCAAGAUGGCCGAGAAGCGAAUGUGGCCCACCAUGUCACCCCUGCGCCAAUUUCCCAAUUGCCCAAGAGACAUUGUGCAAAAAUCAGAGAGAAUUGAGGUGUCCUGGAGCAGCUACUUUGAUCUUGACCCUCCUCGCAUGGGCGAGCUGCUUGGCAUGCCCAAGGCCGGCAGAACUGUUUGUAGCCUGGUGGCCAAGUUUCCGAGAGUUGAAGUACAAGCUCAAGUCCAACCGUUGACUAGGUCUAUGCUCCGAGUUGAGCUUAGCAUUACCCCCAACUUUGAGUGGGACGUUGAAGUUCACGGACCCGCCGAAAGCUUCUGGAUCCUUGUCGAAGAUUGUGACGGAGAGGAUAUCCUUUUCAGCGAUCAGUUCCUGCUACGCAAGGAGUAUGCUGAGUCCGAGUCCAACGAACACGUCGUUGACUUUACUGUCCCGAUCACGGAGCCUAUGCCCCCCAACUAUUUCAUUUCCGUUAUCUCGGACCGUUGGAUGCACUCUGAAACCAGACUGCCUGUUUCGUUUCACAAGCUGAUUCUUCCUGAGAGGUUCCCUCCUCACACCGAGCUUCUCGAGCUUCAGCCACUCCCUGUAUCCGCUUUAAAGGUUAAGGAGUACACGAAGCUCUACCCCAGCUGGGAUAACUUUAACCGCAUUCAAACACAAACCUUCAACUCUUUGUACAACACCGACCAGAACGUCUUCGUUGGUGCUCCAACCGGCAGCGGCAAGACUGUGUGUGCAGAGUUCGCGCUGCUGCGUCACUGGUCCAAGCCGGACAGUGGGCGCGCCGUUUACAUCGCACCCUCACAAGAGCUGGUUGACUUGCGCCUCGAAGACUGGCAGAAGCGACUCAGUGACCUCCGCGGUGGCAAGACGAUUGAAAAGCUAACGGGCGAGACUACGACGGACCUGAAGAUUCUGGAACGCAGUGAUCUUGUUCUCGCUACCCCUGUUCAAUGGGACGUCUUGUCACGUCAAUGGAAGCGCAGGAAGAAUGUCUCUACCGUUGAGCUUUUCAUUGCUGAUGAGAUCCAUCUGUUGGGUAACCAGAUGGGUUACGUUUACGAGAUAAUCGUCUCAAGGAUGCAUUACAUCAGAACUCAAACGGAGCUUCCCAUGAGAAUUAUCGCCUUGGGAGUUUCACUUGCCAAUGCUCGUGAUCUCGGAGAGUGGAUUGAUGCAAAGAAGCAUGACAUCUAUAACUUCAGCCCGCACGUUCGCCCUGUUCCUCUCGAACUGCACAUUCAGUCUUACACCAACCCUCAUUUCCCUUCGUUAAUGUUGUCCAUGGCGAAGCCCACUUACUUGGCCAUCACACAGAUGUCCGCUGACAAGCCAGCCAUCGUUUUUGUUCCAAGCCGGAAGCAAACGCGAGCCACCACCCGUGAUUUGCUGACCGCAGCAUUCAUGGAUGAUGACGAAGAUCGCUUUCUGCAUGCCGAGCUCGAGCAGCUGCGACCUCUGCUCGAGCGCGUCAACGAAGAAGCUUUGGCGGAGGCUCUCUCCCAUGGUGUCGGUUAUUACCACGAGGCUCUCAGCCAAAGCGACAAGCGUAUUGUUAGGCAUCUGUACGAGCACGGUGCUAUCCAAGUUCUGGUUGCUUCUCGUGACGUUUGUUGGGAGCUGAACAGCACGGCUCAUCUAGUGGUUGUCAUGGGCACUCAGUACUUCGAAGGCCGGGAACACCGUUAUGUCGACUACUCCCUCAGUGAAGUCCUGCAUAUGUUUGGCAAAGCCCUCCGCCCUUCAAAGGACGGCAGAGGACGCGGUGUUCUUAUGCUUCCGGCGGCUAAGAGGGAUUUCUACAAGAAGUUCCUGAACGAGGCUCUUCCCGUUGAGUCGCACUUGCACAACUACCUUCACGAUGCCUUCGUAACCGAGAUCAGUACCAAGAUGAUCGAGUCUGGUGACGACGCCAUCAACUGGACGACGUUUACCUACUUUUACAGGCGACUUCUUGCCAACCCUAGUUUUUACAGCCUCACUAGCACAACGCAGGACGGUCUGAGCGACUACAUGUCGGAUCUUAUUCAGACCACCCUCCAAGAGUUAAGUGACUCGAAGAUCAUCGAGCUCGACGAAGAUGAUGGCUCGGUUGCGCCGCAGAAUGCUGCUAUGAUUGCGGCUUACUACAACAUCUCUUACAUCACCAUGCAGACCUUCCUUCUAUCGCUCAGCGCGAAGACGAAACUUAAGGGUGUGCUAGAGAUCAUUACCUCGGCUACCGAGUUUGAGGCUAUUCAAAUCAGAAGGCACGAGGAAGGUAUCCUCCGCCGCAUAUAUGACCGUAUCCCGGUCAAGAUGUCGGAUCCCGUUUAUGACUCGGCGCACUUCAAGGCGUUUGUCCUUCUCCAGGCGCAUUUCUCCAGAAUGCAGCUGCCGAUUGAUCUUGCCAAGGACCAGGAAGUCAUCAUUUCCAAGGUCCUCAGUCUUUUGAGUGCUACUGUAGACAUUCUCUCCUCUGAUGGUCAUCUCAACGCUAUGAAUGCCAUGGAGAUGUCACAGAUGGUGGUGCAGGCUAUGUGGGAUCGCGACAGCCCCUUGAAGCAGAUUCCUCACUUCACGCCUGAGGUCGUUAAGGUGGCGAACGAAUUUGGUAUUAAGGACAUCUUUGAUUUCAUGGAGGCCAUGAACCCUGAGGAGAAUCCUGAUUACGCCAAGUUAAUCAAGCGUCUCGGGCUCAACCAGAACCAGCUGGCUCAAGCUGCGGCGUUCACGAACGACAAGUACCCCGAUAUCGAGCUCGAACACAGUGUUCUGGACGAGGAUGAUAUCAGAGCCAAUGAGCCUGCCUACCUCAGCGUGCAGAUCCAACGACAGGUUGAUGAAGAUGAGGAGUUCGAUCCGACCGUGCAUGCGCCAUUCUACCCGGCCAAGAAACUGGAGAACUGGUGGCUUGUGGUGGGCGAAGAGAGAACGAAAAAUCUGCUUGCAAUCAAGCGCGUCACAAUUGGCCGUGAGCUCAAGGUCAAGUUGGAGUUCACCGUGCCAACGGCUGGUAAGCAUGAUCUGAAGCUGUUCCUAAUGAGCGACAGCUACGUCGGGGUGGACCAGGAACGCGAAUUCUCUGUCGAGGCAGCAGAAGGCAUGGAUGUGGACGACAGCGACGAGGAAGAGGACGACGAGUAG